CAAACGAUAAAACAGAAAUUCUAAAACUCGUAUCUCGAUAUCUCGAUUGUUUAUCUGGAAAAAGUUAUACCAGCAGGUUUAAUAUCCUGACAAACAUUGUAUGUAUGAUAGGACGAAAUAAACGUUAAACGUAUUUUUCCCCGAAUUUAAUCCAUAUUUCCCGCGUAUAAGCGUUCACGUUUUACAAUAAUGAUGCGUACACUUUAAUAUCCAUCGAAUGUAAUUAAAAUGAAAGAUCUUUAAAUAAAAUACCAUGAUUUUAUGAACGACGAUUGUCCCGUGGUCACGUAUGCUGGACCCUUGUUAAUGAUGUCGAUUGAAAUUUAUUAGCGAGAGAGGUUUGCAUAAAUGCCCUGUACGUCGUUUUCUCCUACUACGCCAGUUCUGGUUGAACAUGUGAGUCGUAAACACUUCUUGUCGCUAUCGCUAAUUAUCGUCUGAAUUCUGAAAAAAAGUCCAAACGCGUGACACAUUCUACACUUGCAAGAGUUCCGUGCUCAUCGCGUUUAAACGAUCCGAAGAAUGACUUCGAGAUUUAGCGAGAUCAAAUUAGGACCCGCUGUUGAAGUUUUCGCACUUCAAAAAGCCUAUAUAGAAGAUGCGUAUGAAAAAAAGGUGAAUCUGUCUAUAGGAGCUUAUCGCACAAACGACGGGAAGCCAUGGGUAUUGCCGGUCGUACGAAAAGUAGAAAAGUCAUUAGCUGCGGACGAACUGCAGAAUCACGAGUAUCUCCCUGUACUGGGAUUAGAUGCUUUCAGUCAAGCAGCCACGAAAAUGCUAUUAGGCAGCGACUGUCCUAUGAUCGCGCAAGGUUGUGCUUUCGGCAUACAAACGAUAUCUGGUACUGGAGCACUGCGCGUUGCCGCCGAGUUUUGCAGUCGCAUUUUGCACUACGACACCUUCUACUACAGCAAACCCACGUGGGAGAAUCAUAAACUCGUGUUCAUAAACGGAGGAUUUAAAAAAGCUUGUGAAUACACGUAUUGGAAUGCACAAACGCGUAGCGUUGACAUGGAAGGAAUGCUCAAGGAUCUCAGGGACGCUCCAGAGAAUUCUGUUAUUAUUCUUCAUGCGUGUGCUCAUAAUCCCACUGGUUGCGACCCGACGCCUGAACAGUGGGCGCAGAUAGCAGACGUGAUUGAAGAGAAACGGCUUUUCACCAUUUUCGAUAGCGCUUAUCAGGGAUUUGCGACCGGGGAUUUGGACAGGGACGCUUACGCGGUAAGAAUGUUCGCUUCGCGAAAAAUAGAGUUCCUGUGCGCACAGAGUUUUGCCAAGAACUUUGGAUUGUACAACGAAAGAGUCGGGAAUCUGGUAGUCGUUAUGCACGACACGAAACAGUUGGCCCAAGUUAAAUCUCAAUUGACUCUGAUCGUUCGAGGAAUGUAUAGCAACCCCCCGAACCACGGAGCGAGAAUAGUCGCAACCGUGUUGAACAAUCCGGAUCUGUACAAAGAAUGGAAGGGUCACAUUGUCACAAUGUCGAAUCGAAUAAAGGAGAUGCGAAAGUGUUUGUACGAAAGAUUAGUUCAGAAAGGAACACCAGGCUGUUGGGAACACAUUACCAACCAAAUAGGAAUGUUCUCUUACACGGGUCUCACCGAGAAGCAAGUCGAAUGCUUGAUGAAUAAUUAUCACAUCUACAUGUUGAGAAGCGGUAGAAUAAACAUGUGUGGUCUCAACGAAUACAACUUAGAUUACGUGGCGAGCGCCAUUUACGAAACCGUGCUACUGUACCCGCAAAAUAAGCAGGAUUGUAUAUGUUGAAGGGGGAUCGCAAGUAUCAAUGAUCAUUGUUGAAGUGUAGCAAAAUAUUUUAUACAGAUCAAAGUUGAAUCCAGGGUCGGUAAACAGAAUUUUCACAUAGAACUAUCUUUCUUUCUCUUAAUCAUUCUUUAAUCUGUAGAUAAAUCGUUGUUUAACCCUUCCACUGUGGCGCGACUUUGGAAUAAUCCAUCAACAUGGACAGCGCGUUAUACGCACGUCGGUCGCUGCGAUGGCGUAUAUUUACGUCUCUCGUAUAUAUCGCGAUAAGCUUCCAAGAACGUAAUUUACGCCUUUCGUAUAUAUCGAUGGACUUUUCAGGACGUAUAUUUCGUAGUGAAAGGGUUAACUAUGUCCUCUUUUUAGAAAAUUACAAAGAAACUGUGCAAAACGAUGCAAACUCAAUUUCGUAAAGAGAUUAAUCCGUUGCAUUGUCUCGUCUGUAAAAAGUACAAAGUAUCAACAACCGGUAUUAUCAAUUGCCAAACUUUAAUACGUGCAGAUCGCUUGUUAUUAAAAUAAUUUCCAUCGAGCGUGACGAGCCAUACAGCAAUAUUAAGUACUCGGACUCUCUAAUGUUUCUGUCGAUCUCGGCGUAAUAAUAUUACGAACCUGGUACACUAUUUUCAUUUGUAAAUAAUUCGACUGCUACAUACAUACAUAUCGUGCUGUUAACGAAUGCGACCAAAUUAAAGAUACUUGAGUAGCUGGCAAUCUUUUCUAUAGAUCUAGAAAUAUCUUUUCAACAGGCACAACUUUUCCAACAACGAAAAUUCGUACAAUUAUUUUUGUAAAAUAUAUCUUGAUCGGAUCCUACAAAAAUAAAAUUAGAAUCUGUACGAACGUAAUUAAUUAGCAGAGUAAUCAACGACUGAGAGUAAUUACGAGAUAACGUACGUAAGAUUUCAAUUGUUUUGAUAAUGAGCGAUUUAAAUACGGGAAUUAUUCACUGAAAUUGUUGAAUGCUCACCGUACCGUAUUCCACCGUAAACACAAUCGUCUGUUGUGGUUUCACGUGGUUUAUACGUUGUGGAGAGAAUAUAUCACGUGGUGGAGAGAAUAUAUAUUUACAUGUUUCAAAUCUGAAUCAGUUCUACAUAUUCUCUGAUCGAAGUCUACACCGAGUUUUAUACUAUAAUAUUUCAUGAACCAAAAGAAAUGUUUUCUCUUUAUUAGAAAGAGCCUUUCUGUUCCCUAGCUGCUUCCCAAAUACGAGUUUACAGAGAACAUGGUAGAGAGCCAAAGAAGAAAGACAACAAACGUUGUUGAGUAAAAGCCGUAGCAAUGUUCCACUUUUUACGUAAUGCACAAUUUUUCUUUAUUGUUUCAAUCUUGAUACGUGUAAUUUUGUGUAUUAUUAAUACUUGAGCGUUUAUACAUCAUGGGUGAAUUAUGUACAUUUGUAAUGUUUACAAUAUACACAGGAUGUUUCAGGAAAGCCUGUUGGAGCCGAAGAGAGAGAUAAGCGCGUUUCUGAACAGUAAUUUUCUCCGUUAAAACGCACAGUGUCCGAGCCAACCUAUCUGUGGAUUGGUCAGCAUUUUUCGUUAAUAUUUCAAAAACCAUGGCUCGCUUUACACUUUAAGAAAAAUGGAAAAUGUUUACGAAAGGAAAUUGUUGUUUAGAAUCACCCCUUUUCGGUUCAAACACUUUUCCGGGGACACCCUCUAUAUAUGUAUAUACGUAAAAAUAUAAAUAUAUUUUUUUAGUAGCCUCUUAGUGAGAUUUAAGCUUAGAAGGCCCCUCGUUCAAAAACCUGGACCAAAUUACAGCCAAUUAAAAGCCAGUUUGCAAAUAUUAUCCCGAAUUAUAUAGAGAGAACCUUGUACAUAAUGUGUACCGCGAAAGUGCAGCUCGUGCAGCGAUCAGAAAUUAAUUUUCUACAUAUUUGUACAAAAUAAACGUGACGUAUGACAGUGUGUGCCACGGUUUAUACUUACAAUCUGUAGCUUUUGUAAAAAGGGAAAAAAUGGUGCAGUUGGAUGCACAUUAUUCUAGCUUUAAUGUGCAUUUACACAAGACUUGUAAUUUUAAGCAGAGCAAUAGACGAUUGCAAGUUUUAUUUCAAACGAAUUCUAUAGCGAUGAAAUACUUGCGACACGUUUACUUACACGUUGAAAAGUGUACGCGACAAGAAAGUAGCAAAGAAAUUAUACAGUGUGUUUACGAAAUAAAUAUUCAUUGUGCUACACUA